CCGCCUGGCGCCCUAGAGAGCCAUGGAGCGGAGGGGCGGCCGAGCUCGCGUCCGGCCGCGGGUGCUGAUCGUGGGCGCGGGGCUGGCCGGGUUGGGCGCGGCUCAGCGGCUCCUUCGCCGAGGCGGACGGCAUCUGGGCGGCGUGCGCGUCCUGGAGGCCACGGGCCGAGCCGGGGGCCGCAUCCGCUCCGGGAAGCUCCGAGGUAAGGUGAUUGAGAUAGGCGCCCACUGGAUUCACGGGCCCUCUAAGGAGAACCCUGUCUUCCAGCUGGCAUCGGAGCAUGGACUCCUGGAUGAGGACGCCAUGUCCGAGGAAAACCAGCAGGUGGAAAUCGGGGGCCACCCCUUGGGGCCUUCAGCCUGCUUCUCCAGUCGGGGCCAGUUGCUGAGUCCCGACAUCUUUGACUCCAUGGGGUUGCUCUUCUUCGCUCUCUUGGAAGAAGCGCGCGAGUUUGUGCACGCGGCCAAAGUGCCUGUGCCCAGCGUGGGCGAGUACCUGAAAGAGGCGAUCGCUCGGAAGGUGAGGGAAUGGUCAGAUGAUGAGGAGACCAAGCGGCUGAAGCUGGCCAUCCUCAGCUUAUACUUCAAGCUGGAAUGCUGUGUGAGUGGGACUCACAGCUUGGACCUGGUGGCUUUGGGGCCCUUCGGGGAGUACACCAUGCUUCCUGGCUUGGACUGCACGUUUCCCAAUGGUUACGAGGGCCUCAUAGACUGCCUGAUGGCAUCUCUUCCCAAAGGGACUGUGCAGUUUGACAAGCCAGUGAAAACAAUUCACUGGGGAAGUUCCUGCUUGGAAGAGGCUCCCGCAGGCCGAACCUUCGGAGUCCAGGUGGAAUGUGAAGAUGGCGAGAAGUUCUUCGCAGACCAUGUCAUCGUCACCGUGCCUCUAGGUUUCCUCAAAGAACACCGAGAGACCCUUUUUAACCCGCCGCUUCCGUCCCAGAAGACAGCUGCAAUUGGAAAGCUGGGCUUUGGGACAAACAACAAAAUCUUUGUGGAAUUUGAGCAGCCGUUCUGGGAGCUGGAUUGUCAGAUGGUUGAGGUGGCGUGGGAUGGAGAGUCGCCCCUGGAUGAGCCACCCGCCGACUUGGAGGCCGUUUGGUACCAGAAGAUUGCUGGCUUUGUUGUUCUCCACCCGGCAGAGAGAUACGGACAUAUCUUAUGUGGCUUCAUUGCUGGGAAAGAAGCUGAAUUCAUGGAAACCCUCACAGACGCAGAAGUCCUUUCGGCAUUAACGGAAGUAUUUCGUAGAGCAACAGGAAAUCCACAACUUGGUCCUCCGAGGAGCAUCCUGCGCUCGAAAUGGUACAGCGAGCCGUACACCAGAGGAUCCUACAGUUACGUGGCUGUUGACAGCUCCGGAGAUGACAUAGAUGCCCUUGCUCAGCCCCUUCCCGAAGGCACAUCUGAUUCCAAGCCGCCACAGGUUCUGUUUGCGGGAGAAGCUACACAUCGCACGUUCUAUUCGACUACUCAUGGUGCCUUGUUGUCGGGCUGGAGAGAAGCAGAUCGUCUCAUCGACGUCUACGAUAGGUCUGAAUCUCCACAUGCUGCCUUGUAAGCCAGAAGCUGAGAUAGCAGCGGUUUCUUUUCCUGCUCCCAAGUAAUUAUUAAAAGUGGUACGUCAGUAUAACUACCAACCCCUGCACCCAUUCU